UCUCGCUUCCUCUUCGUCCGGAGAGUGAGGGAGGGAAUGGAGUGAAAAGUUUUCUUCUUCUUCUUUUGCAGGUGGCAAGGAGCAGGUGAGGCAGGAGACGAUUACGGCAACUGAUUAUGACGAUUGGUGGACGACGAUGAGGAUGUCAAACACGAAGCUGAAAAAGGAAACUCGGAGAGCAAGCCAAGACAGAAAGCUCAGCUGCGAUGAUGAAGAUGGUGACUCAAUGCCAGCCUGGGGAAAAAGAAAAGAGGAAGCAGGAGGAGCGUCGAUUUGGGUUGGAGUUGGAAAUGGUGAUGGCGUUUUUGGUGUUCUGAUCUGGUAGUGGCUUUUCUACUAAGUUUAAGUUGUACGAGAAUCUGAAUGACUUAACUGAGUUUCAUGAGAGAGAGAGAGAGAGAGAGAGAGAGAAAGUAGUGAAAUGAUAUUUUUGUAGAUGAAAAAGGUGAAUAAUGUUGUUGAUGUAGCCAUUCCUUGCUGCAUCUUGAGGCAACUUAAUGAUUGUUGCUUUUCCAACUUAUAAAACUAAGACAAUCCUAGUUUAAUUUUGUUUUAUUUUUGUCUGAUAAAAUUCUUCUUGUCUCCUGAAAACCCAAUUGGUUGUCCCCAUCUCCAAAUCUCAUUGCAUAAUCUCUUACUUUUUCUUAAUAGUUCUUUAAUAGGAUAUUGUUAAUGCCUUUGGAUUUCUACCAUGGUUCAUGUUUCAGAUUGAGUAAGCUAAUAAAAUUUUCUUCCCACAUUUUGGUUUCUACAUAUACAUCUACAGUUUCUAAUAAUGUCACAUUGUAUUUUCCUUAUCCUUCUCUCAGAAAAGACUUGGAGUUGCAUUUCAAAUCCCAGUUCCAAGAUAGACGAGUUUUGAAUUUAUUUAAUGGAUUAUCUCAUCUUGAGAUGCUUCCUUUUGGCUUUCAUGUUGUAUGAUAGUCAAGCUGAUGAGAGCAGAGGAGAAGGCUUGAUCUCCAUAUUCUAUUCCUGAACAAAAGGAUUGUUGAGCAUCAAGCUGAUGAGAGCAGAGGAGAAGGCUUGAUCUCCAUAUUCUAUUCCUGAACAAAAGAAUUGUUGAACAUUCAUUCUUCUUACUAUUUUGAUUUUGGUACUCAAGUCACAUGGAAAUUCUUGGUUCUAGCUGUUGUCAGUCCCCAAAGCUGCCAUUGUCUUGCCAUAACAGAUUAUUGUCAUCUCCAUUGUUUGUAAAUACAGAGGGAACUGGCUUUUUAGACAGUACAAUAUGUGAUGUCCAUGUAGGGAAGUUCAAGAUCCUCAGGAAGAGAUGUCCCAAAACCAAAAGGUUCUUGACUACUUCUGUUCUCCCUGAUGUUGCUAAAGAUUUCAUGAUCUUCCAGGAAGAAAGAUUUGCAACAUCAGUAGCAGACCCAAAGACUGUUGCUUCUAUCAUAUUGGGUGGUGGAGCUGGAACACGACUUUUCCCUCUUACUCAAAGAAGGGCUAAACCAGCUGUGCCAAUUGGGGGAUGCUAUAGACUGAUAGACGUGCCUAUGAGUAAUUGCAUAAAUAGUGGAAUCAACAAAAUUUUCAUUCUCACUCAGUUUAAUUCUCGAUCUCUCAACCAACACAUUGUUCGAACGUAUAAUUUAGGAAAUGGUGUACACUUUGGCAAUGGGUUUAUCGAGGUACUAGCAGCUACUCAAACACCCGGAGAAUGGGGAAAGAAGUGGUUUCAGGGUACAGCAGAUGCUGUUAGGCAGUUCAUUUGGUUGUUUGAGGAUGCUAAGCAUAGACACAUAGAAAACAUUUUGAUACUAUCUGGCGAUCAUCUCUAUCAAAUGGAUUACAUGGAUUUUUUGCAGAAGCACAUUGAUUCGGGUGCUGAUGUAUCUGUGUGUUGUCUCCCUGUGGAUAACUGUCGUGCCUCUGAUUACGGAUUGGUGAAGAUUGAUGAAAGAGGAAGGAUAAUAGAGUUUCAAGAAAAACCAAAGGGUGAAUGUUUGAGAUCCAUGCUACCACUGGCAGCAAAAGAUUACAAUGUUCGGGCUUAUCUAUUCAAUGGCUACUGGGAGGAUAUUGGAACCAUAAAAUCUUUCUUUGAUGCAAAUUUGGCUCUCACAGAGCAGCCUCCAAAACUCCAUUUAUAUGAUCCACUAAAGCCAAUUUUUACAUCUCCCCGAUUUCUACCACCAACCAAAAUAGAGAGAUGCCAGAUAAGGGAUUCAAUAAUUUCCCAUGGGUGCUUUCUGAGGGAGUGCACUGUUGAACAUUCUAUUGUGGGUAUUCGCUCAAGGCUGGAGCAGGGCGUGGUGCUGAAGGAUACUCUGAUGAUGGGUGCUGACGACUAUGAAACUCAGGAAGAGCUAGCAACCCAUUUGACAGAGGGAAAAGUUCCAAUAGGUGUUGGAAGAUAUACCAAAAUAAUGAAUUGUAUAAUUGACAUGAAUGCCAGAAUUGGAAAGAAUGUGAUCAUUUAUAACAAGGAUAAUGUGGAAGAGGCAGACAGACCAUCUGAAGGAUUCUAUAUUCGAUCUGGAAUUACUGUAAUCACAAAAAAUUCUAUGAUAAGAGAUGGGACAAUAAUUUAGGGAUGAUUUAGAAGGAGCAGGCUACAAGGAUCAUUCAAUUGAUGCCCAUGCGCGAAAAAUUUAAGUUAAGAUUGUGUUUUCGUUAAAACAUUAUGGGAGAAAUAUAUGAAUAAAUAUUCGAGUAGCUGUGUGCAAGCCAGAUCAGCCUUUUCCCUGGAGGGAGUUCCAAUGAUUGGUACUGUAUAUAUAUUGAUUAGCUGUUUCAAACAUUGAUAAAUACAAAGACAGAAGACAACAUUUUUAGAUCUCAA